CUAUGAAUGUUAAUGAAUUUCAUUUCUUUGUUUUGACGUCUUGGAUUUUAACUAAACAUAAACAAAUAGAAACUAAUAGCAAAGUUUCCAAUUUAGUUCUCGUGAAAAUCAGAAAAAAGAACUCAUCAAAAUGGGUAAAAAACAGCAUCAGAAGGAUAAAAUGUACUUGACUUACACCGAGUGGUCCGAGUUGUACGGUGGUCACAAACCGGACUCGGCCGAAAAUGAACAGGUCAAGUUUAAACGGCUUCCGUUCGAUCACUGCUGCCUCUCGAUGGUACCAUUCGAACAUCCGUAUUGCGACAAAAAUGGGAACGUUUUCGAACUCUCGGCGAUCGUCGAUUUCAUAAAGCACUUCAAAGUGAACCCGGUUACGGGAGAAGCACUGGAUGGAAAAUCGUUGAUAAAGCUAAACUUCACCAAGAACCAUGAGGGUCAGUAUCAUUGCCCGAUUCUUUUCAAGCCAUUUUCGAAGAAUUCGCACAUUGUUGCCAAUGGCAAAACGGGCAAUAUUUUCUCGUACGAGGCCAUUGAACAGCUGAACGUGAAAGCCAAAAACUGGAAGGAUUUGAUCGAUGAUACAUCUUUUGUGAGGAAGGAUCUAAUCACGAUACAAGACCCUAGCAAUUUGGAGAAGUUUAAUAUCACUACCUUUCAUCAUAUAAGGAAAAAUCUUCGAGUUCUAACGGAAGAAGAGCAAGCCGAAAAGAAGGAUCCUCAGGGCAGACUGAAAACCAUUUCAAUGGAAACGAGGGAGAUAUUGACGCAGCUGGAGAAGGACUAUAAAGCGCCAGAGGUGAAGCAGGCUGAACACAAGAUGGCGGAUAAAUUUAACGCCGCUCACUAUUCGACGGGUGCCGUUGCGGCGGCUUUCACCUCAACUUCGAUGGUUCCGGUGUUGAAUCACGAAGCCGCCAUCAUCGAGGAGGACGUGAUACGCUACGAGCGGGUCAAGAAAAAGGGCUACGUUCGGCUGCUAACCAACUUUGGUGCGCUAAAUUUGGAACUCUAUUGCGAUCAAGUUCCGAAGACUUGUGAAAAUUUCCUCAAGCACUGCACCACUGGUUACUACAAUGGGUGUAUAUUCCAUCGGUCGAUAAGGAAUUUUAUGAUCCAGGGUGGAGAUCCCACUGGGGUUGGUAAUGGUGGCACAUCGAUUUGGGGGAAAAAAUUUACCGAUGAAAUUAAACCUAAUUUGACUCACUCCGGUAGGGGGAUUCUGGCGAUGGCUAACUCCGGACCGAACACAAACGGAUCGCAAUUCUUCAUAACGUACCGCUCUUGUCGUCAUCUGGAUGGCAAACAUACAAUUUUUGGCAAAUUGGUCGGUGGGCUCGAGGUGCUAACCGAGAUGGAACGGGUUGAGGUGGACAACCGCGAUCGUCCAAUCGAGAACAUUUUCAUCCAACGCGUACAGGUGUUUGUGGAUCCAUUCCAAGAAGCAGAUGAGCAGCUGGCCAACGAACGGUCGGCGGAACUGGAACGCAUCCAACGAGAGGUGCAGGAAAAAGAGAAGAAAUCUACUAAAGCUCAGCCGUUGCAAGUGUUUCGAUCCGGUGUUGGAAAGUAUUUAGAUAAGGAUCGGGCGAAAAAGCUGGCAGAGCCGGAUUCGGCAUCUGUCAGUGGUGCGAAUCUUAAUCAAACGAAGAAACGAAAAAUAGAGGAGAAAAUCAGCAAACUUGGGAACUUUAGCUCCUGGUAAGACAUUUCCACUGCAAAUAUAAGAUUUUUAUUACGUUGUUAGUAGAGAAAAACAGAUCACAAAAAAGAACUAUGGGUGAGUUAUACCUAUGAUAUAAUCGCAAGGUUGACGUAGGACUUCCGUUGGCUUAGUAAUCAUUUGAGUGUAUUAAUUAAAUUAUUGAUUAAAUCAGUGAUUGAAUGAAACAAUUUCCGAAUUCAAUUGC